CCUGUGUGUUGGACGCACGUCGUUUUUGAAUGUGUCGUGUUUGUUUACGCAAGUGUACAGUGAAGUGAGUUUUAUAAGCUUAUACUAAUUAAUGGUGAGGAGCAGUGAGCUGGUCUCAAGAUGCCGGUCAGCAACCAGCUCCGGCUGCUGCUGUGGAAGGACUACCUUAUGAGAAAAAGAAAGCCGAUUACUCUAGCUGGUAUAUUUUGGGCUAUCGGAGUAGUGGCUAGUAUUUGUAUAGUGCGAUUUAACAUAGAUAAUCAGGACUUCCCAACAUGUCAAUUUGCUGCGCGAGCAUUACCUAGUGCGGGGCUGCUAACAUUUCUCCAGUCGUUCAUCUGCAAUGUCAACAAUGAAUGCAAUCCUAUGGACCAAUUCGAAGAGAUACCCACUUACGAGAAAUCUAAGUUGACAGAAAUACAGCGACAGAUGUCCCCUUUGGUCAACAAUGAGACUAUAAUCGACGUGGCGGCUUCCAUUCCUGAUGCACUGAAGCUCAUCUCAACCCUAUCUGCCGUUGCUGAUGAACCAGCAUUCCUCGACUUAGCUAAAAAUGGUAUCCAUGUGAAAGAUAUGCUGAGGAGUCGUAACAAAGUACAACGUUACCUGAAAGAUCAGUUGGCCCUACCUGAUGAUGUUGUCAAUGACAUCAUUGAGGCUAGAAUUGGAUUCGAAGGUGUGCAGCGCAACUUCUAUGAGGAAGACGAUUAUUAUCGAAGAUGACCAGAAAAUGGAGAUUCUUGUGAGCAAACUAUGCAAGCUUACAAAAAGUGAAAUACAAAAGAUUAUGGGAGACUUAGUGACAGAAAUCGAUUUAGGAAAAUAUAUCACUAUGGCAGGUAACAUGUAUACGAGAUUGAGUGGUGACAACAGAUUGGCGCAACUAGGGAAAAUGACGACAGCUGCGUUGCGAAUGAUGUCCAGACAAAGCUUCCUGCCACCUGAGUUGAACGAUAUCAUAAGUGGAGACGGCACAGAAUUCACC